CGAUUUAGUGAUGUACACAAAGUUCCAUGUAUUGUUGGAUUGUAGGAUUUAUAGUUCAACAUCCUUCCUGUCAGACGGUUUAAUGUGCUCAAUUGGUUAAUUCUAAACCGGAAAGGACGAAUUUGUACGCACCCUGAGGGUAUCACUGAUCACACCCAUCCAUCAAUCUAUCGCGUGCGCCUGUUCCGAGUCGGGGUAUCCGGGAACCGUCCGGUUAUAACAGCAGUUAGGAGCUGACCAUGAGUACAGGGGCCUUGCAGUGCUUGAGUACGACUGUGUGUGCCAGCCUACCCGAGCCCAUCCACCCGUGUGCCCUCCUGCCGCCAACUGACCCAGAUCAACUCAAGUUCCCAGACAUCUUUAAUAGUAUACAGAAUUUCAAACUUACCAAACCUACCUGGUCAGACUACACAGAAAGAUGUUUGGGAGGAACUACUGCUUUUCCAACAACAGUCCAUACAGCUGUCACCACGGAGACUGUAACCACAGCGGAAGGGGAGACAACCAGUGUGUUUCACACAGUAACACAAACCCUUACUGAGGCAGUGACCAAUGUCACUAUUGACCUCAAACCAGACACCAUCACUGCAGAUACUGUAACCCAAACAACCCCAAUUGAUGGUGGGUCAAAAUCCUUUAAUUGGAUCAUCCCUGUGGCUAUAAUCGCUGUCCUUCUUAUAUUCAUCGCUGUCAUCUUCAUCAUCUGCAAAAUAUAUCACAACUCAAAAAGUUUUGAUAUUAAGUUUACUGUAUUUGAAAGAAUUGUCAUUCGAAAGAGUUCAACAAAGCAAGACAAUAAUGCUCCCCUUAGUUACCAUGAUUUGUACCGGGUAGAAGGAGGCGAUGACACAGGCAAGGGAGAUAAUUCUGAGACAUUCGAGCAAACACCUUUAGAAGUGAUUGUUGAUAGUCAUGUGAAAACAAACGAUCAUCACAUUGACCUACAGAACAGUAAUUCUAUACCAGGGGAAGGUAAGGGAAGCACAAUGACAUCGGAUUCUGGAAUCGGCAGUGUUGAUCUACAAAUUCCACAGACUUUGGCUGCAGCAAAGAGUAAAGAACAUCUUGUAAAACAGGAAGAAUUGUGUCCAGAAUCUGAUGAUAAUUCAUUGGCCGUGGAAAAUGUUAGCUUCACAAAAGACAAUGAAAAGGCAGAGAACCAGGAACACCACCUCACAAAACAUACUAAUUGUGUUGAUGUACAAAAUGGCCUUCAGCAAAGUCCUGUGCUGGAUCAAAGGGAACAAGAUUUUUCCAACACCGCCAGUGAAGAGGCAUGUGCUAGUGAAAUGGAAUAUGAUGGGGAUGAUAAGGAUCAGGGUCAGUCCAGAUCUAAUAACAGUAUUCCAUUUAUCACGGAAACAUUGGACAUCAAAAGAAAUCGAUCAUCCAAUCCCCAAAAUGAUACUGAUGCACAACCUGAGGUAAAUAAUGUGGAUUCCCCCGAGAUUACAAAUUGUGAGGGUACAGACAUCAGAGAAUCUAGAACUCCAGAAGCAGCAUAUGAAAAUUCCAACAGACUUCAAAAUGGCUCGGACUGUCCUGUAGAGGAUUGUAAUGUUAGGUGAUACCACAGAGAUGGACAAAAAGACUGAUUGUAGCUCAGGGGACCGGUUAAUUUUUAAUGGAGCCCCAUCACCUGGGGAGGAGAAUGGUGUUGAAACUGAUGAAGUCACUGAUCACACAGGUGACCUAGGUAUUUCAGACAAUGAUGACAAACCUGUGAAUAUGCGUGUGAGUAAUGGACACUGUGACAGCAACAGAACCAGUAGUACUAAUGACAGUCGCAAGUCAGAUCUCCGAUCCGACCUGGAAGAUUUGAUCAAAAGUUUUUAGAAAUCUGUUACCAUAGUGCAGAUUCUAUGAAAACCUGACACUUAUUUUGUAUUUCUGGAAAAUAAGUUAACAAAACUGUUGGUGUCAAGGAAAAUUAUGCAAUGUGUUCCAGUUUAAAUACUUUUUAAAAAUAAUUCUUUUUUUGUUUGUUUUCUACAGCAGAUCUGAUACAUUUCAAAAUAACUGUCUUGAUUGAAAUUGAUUUUCAUUACAUUACAUAUAUCAUUACAAUAUAUCAGGUGAAUGAAUAAAACUUUUUUAAACCUUAUUUACUUAUCAUACUGCUAUUAACAAGUAAGAGUUUUUGAUAGCCCCCAUAGCCCGUUGUGAAGUUGUACUGAUAUAAUGACAACUUAUUAAAUGUCUUACCCUUUUUUUCUUAAAAUUGUGUUGACACACAUUUAUUAUUAAUCUAUAUCAGGAGACAUAAUGUUAUUUCCUUCCUCUAAUAAUUCUUAAGAUUUCUUUUGAUCGCUCCUUAAAAACUUUUUAUUGCAAUAAUUAAGCUAUAAUUUAUGUCAAUUUUAAUCAAUCGAAACCUGGGACCAAAGAUUUACUAUAUUAUUAAUAUCAGGUGAUAUUGUGCUUUCUUUGAUCUAAUAGUUUUGAAGAUUUCUUUUAAUUGCUCAUUAAAAACUUUUUAAUUUCAAUAAUUCAAUAAUGCUACAAUUUGUCAAUUUUUCAUGUGUCAGCCCUUCCCAAAGAGUCAAAUGAAAACUGGGACCACAGAUUGACUAUAUAAUUUAUAUCAGGAGAUACUGUACUUUCUUUGAUCUGAUAGUUUUAAAGAUUUCUUUUAAUUGCUCCUUAAGAACUUUUAAUUGCUAUUAGCUACAAUUUAUGUCAAUUUUUCAUGUGUUAGCCCUUCGGCUUCCCACAGAGUCUGGGACCACAGAUUUACUAUUACCACUGCCUGGUACAUGUACAUACAUUAAGUGUAUUUAAGUAUGAUGUAAGGAUGCAAUUUGUAAAUUUUAAACUUAUUUUAAAGAAAUGUAUUUAUUUCAUGUACAGUGUGUAUAUAUUGUUGAUAACUUAUAUUAUGCCUGUAAUUGACAAUUUCUCUAGAUCUUUAACUAAGGGACAUAACUCAUAGGUGUUUCGUACAUUAGACAAACCAAAAUCAGUAGUGAUAUGUAGAUUAAUGAUACAUGUAUCUAUAUGAUUGAGAAAGCUUUCAAAGAAAGUUUUUAUUCACAAUCAUUGUGUUUAAUAGAUUUUGUUCUCAAAGAGAGGAAUGUAGAUUGUUCUGUAGGAGAGUCCCUGUAUUUGAUAUUUCUGAACUAUCAGGGCGAUAUAUAUAUGUAUAUACAUGUAUGAAAUUUUCAUUUUUCAUGUGGCUGUGGUCACUCAGGCCUUUAAGUCAUCUGCUGAUUGUAGUCCAGGUAUCACGAUAUUCAUUAAUGCAGGAUAAUACAUUAUACCAAAGAUGUCCUAUUUUUAUACAUUCGUUUAUCUAUUAAUAUGUCUCUUUACUAUAUAUAAAAAUUAUAUUAACACCAAACA